AUGUUUGAAGAAGAUGCAGUAGGAAAAAUACGCAUGAUAUUGAAAACUGUAUGCGAUCUUCAUAAGUUGCCACUUGCUCUUACAUGGGCUACCCACCGCGAUCAUGAUCAUUUGCACGUUGUGGAUGCUGCUAACUAUGUCAAAGAUUCGUCGAUGCAAGGAUAUGUCUCUGCAUGUGGAGGAAAUCGUCUCAUGAAAGGUCAAAAUGUUGCUGGCAAAGCAGUUAACUUGAUGGGUCAUCACUCAGUCCCCGAUGUUUCUGUGCUUGAUUUAGAUGAUUAUCCAUUUGUUGAUGAUGCGAGAAAUUUUGGUCUUCGAGCUGCUAUGGCAAUCAGGCUAAAGCGCAAUCGUAGUGGUAAAAUUGAAUAUGUGUCAGAAAUUUUUCUCCCCACAAACUUGGAAGAUAAGGUGGAACAGAAUAAUUUGAUUGUUGAAAUCUUGUUGAGUUUGCGUAAGAACUGCGAGAUUUCAGGGACCAUGGAGUUGCAGAUAGAAUCACUUCCUCGUAAACAGGCGGAUCUAAUGCUCAAUGUAUCUGAGGAAGUUGAAGCAUCAAACUUUCCAUCAGAGGCUGUUUCUGAGAGCUCUUUGGCUUUUUCAAAUGUUGGUUUAAGUUUAAAAGAAAAGAUCCCAAGCAACAGUUUGGAAACAAAUGAGCCUCAUGAACAGGCAACAGCGAUGGAAUGUGAAUUAUCUACACCGGAGAAGCAGAGUGACCAAACACAAGAGGUUUUGGUGCUUCUGAGAGCCAUUAAGCAGAAUUCUUCAUAUGGUGGUUUAAAUUCAAACAAACAGAUCACAGGGAAAACAGAUGAGCCUAAUGAACUGUGUGUUUCUUCAGUAUGGUCUAUGGCUGUACCUAACUAUACUCAAAUGACUCUUGAUUGCUGUUGGAAAAAUGUUAAGAGAGUUAGGAUGGCUUCUAUGACAUUUGUUCUCAGACAUAAUUCUACCAAUUAUGGCAGAUUGGAAGUCAGAGAACAAAAUGCUGGAGGUGAACAUGGUGUUGAUGUCAAUAAGCAGGUGGCAGAAAUGCACGGUAGGCACCAUAUAAUGAGCAUUAAUAAACGAAAAAGGAGUGGUACUCAGCAGACAAAGUGUACUCCUAAAUCAAGAAAAACUACAUCUGUAGUUUGGAAGUUUUUCAGUAAGGUUAAAGAAAAUGGAGUGGUAUGGGCCAAAUGUCCAAAAUGCAGCAAAAUGCUCCGUGGAAAUAGCAAGAACGGAACUUCAAACCUACUCAAACACAGAUGUUUUAGAGAUUGGGAGAAAGAUGCAAAACAACAACCAGUUUCUAAUGUUAAGUCUUCAACGACAAAAGGGGCCAAUGCUCCUCCACAAACAAAGAGGAGAAUGCUGGUAACAAAGUCUUACUAUGCCCUUAAUGACUUUACUAUUAUGUAUGUUCUUGGUGAUGAAGCAGCAAUUGCUAUUGCUAUGGUUGAGGUACAAGAUCCAAUUAAUCCAGACAUUGUUCAAGCAGCAGCUUCUAGUCUAGUUCAUGAUGAUCAGGUACACGAAUUAAUAGUACAAGAAGAAUUUACUACAAAAGAAACACUUGGAAGUGAUCUCAAGGAUCAGAAGCAUCAUCUCUUAUCUAGCCAUAUUAAUAUUACUGAGCUACCACCAACUGAAACUCAAAGUCCUGGCCAACAAGCCAAUAAUAUGACCAUUGAUAGUACUGGAGGUGUACAUCAAAGUUCUGGCCAACAAGCCAAUAAUAUGGCCAUUGAUGGUACUGGCGGUGUACCUCAAGCUGGAUGCAUUCAGAUAGGGCUUACUGCAGAAGGUAGUGUUACAAGCACAACUUCUAUUCCAACCACCAAUGGUUUUCCUGCUAUUUCUGCUGCAUCUGGACUAAAGAGUUUUUUGUCUCAAUACCCCCGAAUGUCGCACUCUUCUACUGAAAUUGAUAGGUUGUGCUCCCUUUCAGAUGCUGAAAUAAAUGCUGCCAGUAAUGAAUGGGAGAAACCUCUAAUGGGAGAGCUUUUUGCAAGAGUUCAUAGGCUCAAGGAGGCAAUUGCUACUUGCCCUUCUAGUUCACAACUAGAAUCAUCGCCUCUGCAAAGAUGCGAGAAUUUGGUCUCAACAAUCUCCCAAUCUAUUAUAUCAUGCUCUAACUUAGAAGCAGAAAUUACCUCAUUGAAGGAUCAAGAAGCUCAACUGGAAGAGAAACGGAAGGCCAUUAUUGAACAGAGAGAACGCAAAGAAUCAGAACUUUCUCAAUUAAAAAAAGACAAGGCUGAUCAUGCACUGCAAAGUAGUCAAGCCACUGUUAAUAGACUUAAGAUUAAAAAUAUAGUAGAUGGAAUAUCCGAUUUGUUUGUCGAAUGGUCGGCAGCUAGAUUAGCACAUUCUUCAUCAUCGAAAUAA